AUCAGAGGCUGCUGAAAUGUGGUCAAAAUUAUCCAGAAUACGCGCUUCUUCUCCUUACCUUCCUCCCUCUUGCCUCGCAGCGCCCUCAAUUUUGGUGUAUAUAUACGAAUUCAAACUCGUGUUAAUAAAAGCUGAUAUAAUUAUACAGUGUUUGUUACAGUUAUAGUAUUCAAAUAAAUACGUAGAAAAUUGUCAUUAUACAUGGCUGACCAGUACCAAGAUUUUCCGGCGGUUGCAACCCACGGAGGGCAAUUUAUACAGUAUAAUAUUUUUGGAAACUUAUUUGAGAUCACCACCAAGUAUCGGCAUCCGAUCAUGCCUAUUGGCCGUGGAGCUUACGGAAUCGUUUGCUCGGUUUUGAACUCGGAGACUAAUGAGAUGGUAGCAAUUAAGAAAAUUGCGAAUGCUUUCGAUAAUUACAUGGACGCAAAGCGGACCCUUCGUGAAAUCAAACUUCUUCGCCACCUGGAUCACGAUAAUGUUGUUGGUAUACGCGAUGUGAUCCCUCCUCCAUUAAGGAGGGAAUUCAGUGACGUCUACGUUGCUACAGAACUCAUGGACACUGAUCUUCACCAAAUAAUUCGAUCUAAUCAGAAUUUGUCAGAAGAACAUUCUCAGUACUUCUUGUAUCAGAUACUUCGAGGGUUAAAGUACAUACAUUCUGCCAAUGUGAUCCAUAGAGAUUUGAAGCCCAGCAAUCUACUGUUGAAUGCUAAUUGUGAUCUUAAGAUUUGUGAUUUUGGUCUUGCCCGACCUACCGCAGAGAAUGAGUACAUGACAGAAUACGUUGUGACCAGAUGGUACAGGGCACCUGAACUGUUGUUGAAUUCCUCAGAGUACACUGCGGCAAUAGAUGUGUGGUCAGUUGGUUGCAUCUUUAUGGAGCUUAUGAACAGAAAGCCUUUGUUUGCUGGAAACGAUCACGUGCAUCAAAUGCGCUUAUUGACAGAGCUUCUGGGAACACCUACUGACGCUGACCUUGAAUUCACCCGAAAUGAGGAUGCAAGAAAAUACAUCCGGCAACUUCCUCGACAUCCUCGUCAGCCUUUAGCAAAGGUCUUCCCAUACGUAAAUCCAUUGGCCAUUGACCUAAUCGAUAAAAUGCUGACAAUCAAUCCCAGGAAGAGAAUCACAGGUAACUUCUUCUUUUUUUUCUUUUUUUCUUUUUUUAAUAUACGUGUGCAAUUGCUUAUAUUAUCCUUUUUCAGUUCAAUAUAGUUACUAAAACUGUAUGCGAGGCAGUAGAGUGCAUCAUAAUGUGAGUCUAUUUUGUGUGUCUGUGUGUUUUAAUCGGUAUGAUAUCAUUGAUUCUCAAAAUACUUUUAUGCAAGUGAACUACUUCUUACCUUUGUCAUUAAUACAAUCAGUAAUCUGAGCUUUUGCUGCUUUCAUCGAGUCUUCCAACAACAAAACACAGAAAAAGAAAAAAAAA